GUGGAGCUCUAUCGGAAGUAACAGUUAAGUGUUCGUCCAAAUAAGUGAUAUUUCCUCGUGGUCUAACUCUGUCUUUCUACGUUUUCUGCUUCGAUAAUAAUUUCAGAGAUGGUUUACUGGAUAAUCGUCGUUACUGGGCGGUGAAACGCUGAAGAAACUGAUCUAUACGAGCGAUCCGAGGCAAAUUUUCAUGCUGUCGUUAGAGGGUUGUGUCUGCAGCGGGUUCUGAACUGAUCGAGAACCCCGGAAAGCGGUUCAAAAAGCCUUUUCUGGAUAAAGGGGACAGCUUGCAAUAAUGUCUGUUCGUAGUGGUCCAGCGCAGGUGAAGUUGGCCAUCGAAAGAAAAGGACAACUUCCCUUGCUUACAACUUUUGAUCAGGUUUGUAAAAAACAAGCUUACUAAUUAGGUCUUAAGUUGUCCUGAUAAUUUUUUGAUUGAAUUUCUCUUUUGAGAUAUCAUUCAUUGGUAGAAUAUGAUUUAAGGAAUGCUAAUUAUUUUAAACACAAGACCAGUAAUGAUAUCUCUUUUUCUUUCACUAGAGUCGACCAUUAGACGAAAUUAUAAGGGAAAUCUGCACAAAGUGAGUAACCGGUAUCAACACAAGUUAUAGGUUGUACCCAAACAGUGAUCAUUACCUGUCCAAUAGUUUGCUUUUAAAGUUUCAUAGAACCUUUCUAUUUAAAGCUUAUAUGAUCGCAUCUAUAUCUGUGUUGAUUUCCUCACUCUUUAAAUGGUCUAGUGAACAAUAAUUAGUUAUAAGUGCUUCAUUAAUCAGAGGUAUUUAUUUGGUGAAACCUUAGAUCUUUGGACAGAAAACGUGUUACAAUAGGUAAAUUUCGAUAUCCAUAGUGAAAAAUAAAAUAAAUAAACACCACUUUGAGGCUCUAAGGAAUGUGUGAUCUCCAUUAACUAUUGGUUAAUGUUGAAUUUAGAAUAAUCUUCUGUAAUGUAAACAGCAAAAUAGGCAAGGAGAUAGACUGGGAUAAAGGAAGAAAUUUUUCCACAUCCCCUAGGGUGUUUGCCCCUAAGGUCUCUAUCUCUUGAAACCCUUUUGGAAAGAAUUUGUAGUAUACUCCUACAGAAAACUCAAAAAAAUGCUGGGUGGUAGCCUUGGAUGGAAUUGUAUUUCACCUAUAUGGAGAACCAAUGCUCAUACUCACUUGUGCCAGGAAUAAUGGAUAAGCACUUGCAGUUAUGAGCCUCUAAACCUGUAAGACUUAAACCCAGCCCACAGCAUUUUAUGGGGCAAAUUGUCCUGAAAUUGCUCCUAUAGCAUGUGGAUAAUUCAAAGGUUUUGUUUGAUUUAAAUACUAUACCCAAACCAGGAAACAUCUCUACAGUGGAUAAACCCACUCUCAUGUACUUGGGCAAAAAUUAUUUACCUUUUUGGGGAAGUUCCUUCCUGGCUUUCAUCCUAAGAAUCCUGGAUAAGGUUGUUUUGUUUGCAUACUCACAACUGACCUUUCACUCAUGUUUUCAGUUGGUCCAUAAAAACCCCAGAGGAGUAUGCUUUUCAGUAUUCUGACUAUAACUGUUACAUAACUGAGGAGGUAAGCCAUACUUCUUUCCUAUAAGCCACAAUUAGAAGAACAGGAUUUUUUUAUAUGCAAGUGUCCCUGGUUAAAAAAAUGGCUACUAUUGAACAUUUGAGAUGAUAAAAAACUUUGAAAAGUUUUAACAGAUUAAACAAAAUUCAGCUAACCCUCUACACUGUAACUCUCAGAGGUGAUUCCCAUAAGACAUAGCUGGGCAGAUCCAGGAACAGAGACUUUACUUAUAUUAGAGCCCUUGAUAAGCCAAGAAAUAUUUAAAAGAAAGGAAUUCUUAAUGCUUCAAGUUGAGUGGUAGUAUUGGUUUCAUACAAGUAGUGAACAAACCCACAGGUCUGAUGGAGGGGGGGGAGGCUACAGAUCCAUCUGCACCCUCCCACAGGAUGCUCCUACCCCUUAAUGGAUCUCCUUUAGUUAGCUUUCAAAAUAUAGAGAUAAUUAACCGAUGAAAAAGUGACAAGAAUACACAUAUAUAUCAGCAAGAGGUUGUUUUUUUUUGAUGUAACACCAAAUUGUCUUGGUUAAUUUUCCAGAAAAUAUAAUUAUUAACCCUUUGACCCCUAAGAGUGACUAGAAUCUAAUUUCUCCCUACAAUAUUGCCCCCAAAUCAUACAUUAAGGUUACAAGAAGAAAAGAAAUGAUCAACAACCAAAGUAAGCUGUCUGUUGUUAUGCCAGUUCUUCUUGUCAUUACCUCAGGAGAUGUAUUGAGAACAGUAGGGAGAAUAUGCAUGCUGAUUUUAGGGUGUGAAGGGUUAAAUAUCGAAGGGACAAUUACUAAUCACUGAUAAUUAGAUCUUGGGUAAUUGAUGUUGUUGAUGUGGUUAAAUGUUACCUUCCUUUAGAACCGCAAUGGAAUAAAGAAUGGUGCUGUACUGAAACUCACACUCUCACCGGUAAGUUAUCCUGAGUCACAAUUGCAGAUUGAGAUGAAGUCUGUCUCAGAAUAUUUGAAUGAGUGAGAUCUGCGGCCCACUCAAUUGAUUACUGGUUUUAAAAAACUAGGCUAAGCUUGCACAAGAUGUUGUUGAGCGUCUGGAGUCAACUGUUCAUGAGGAAAGAAGAAAUCCUUUAGCAACACUAUCCAGUAUCUCAGAGGUAUGUGAUUAUCCAUGUUGUCUUAUUGCAAAUUUGGCUUGAAACUCUUUCAGUUUCACACUGGAUCUUUAUUUCUUUUCCUUACUAGCCAACCAACCAUCUUUUCCCUCAAAUGUAUUAUUAUUUAUUUACUUUUUUUUUUCUUACACACACUGUCAGGAUCCAACCUUUGCCAGUGAGUUUAUAAAACGAAAUGGUCUGGGGCUCCUUAUCAACAUGGUGGAGGGAAAACCAGAGUAAGCCAAUUCCAGAUUUUUUCAACUUCAUUUAACACAUUUGCAGGGUUGUAGCUAAGAAAUAAGGUUGCUAAGUGAAAUUCAAGUGAGGGGGUUAUAGAGUAUUUGAUAUCAAAGGAUAAAAUUGUUGGUGCAUAACUUCAGUGCCAGUUGUUCUUUUCUGAGCCAGCCAAAACUCCAGCUUGUGAUUCACUCUUUUUCAUAUAGCAAAUUUUGCUAGCAGCUGGUACUUAGUGACAACCUUGCAUUUGUGCCAUUUAUUUCCAGUCUUUUACAGUGGACUUCUUUGACUAGGCUUAUUGAACAAAGUUAACCAAUCAACUGAUGGUUAAAUGAACCAUGAUUUAGCUAACUUUAUGUGUGCCAAUCAGUGCUAUGAAAGGACCCACAGGUGAUUCAUGAGUAUCUUCACCUUGUGUCCUCAGGAGUGAUGAGUCCUUGGCUCACUGCCUGACCUCUUUUCAAGAGCUGAUGGAUCAUGGUGAAGUUUCAUGGGAUUUCCUUACGCAUGGAUUCAUUAAAAAUGUAAGUGAGACAUGUCAUGAUUAUUUUGCCAGAUAUGAUUAUGGUGGGUCAUAUCUUCCACUCUGUUGGUUUGCAAUGAGGGUCAGCCAUGUCAUACUUCAAAUUGUGCAAAAAAAGUGAGCCAACUUUCAUAAUGUUUCCUCUCUUUCCAUGAGCUUGCGAAAUAUUUAUUGGAAAAAACAAAAUAUUUUGUCAUCACUCAAAGGGGAUUGUGGGAUGUGCAUGGUUUACUGGUUAGUGCAGAGAGCUUUAGAUUUAACCUUUUUUAAACCCCUGAGAUCUGAUUGUUAACUUUCCUCUCUAGCUGCUACACAUUUCCUAGUAGAUUAGUUAUGAGAAUUUAGUGUUCAAUCGAAAUAACUUCUGCCUGAUAAGUUGGAGUUUUCUCAAUACCUGUUUGUAGAGUAUUGUAAGGAUAUUAUAGGGAGAAGUUCCAUGUCAAUCCUCUUAGAGAGUUAAAGGGUUAAGCUCUAGCCAAUUGGCUUGAGCAAGGGUCAUACAUUUCUGUUUCACAGUGCUUCUCUUCAUUGCAAUGUAGAAAUGGACACCAAUAGGCUUUCCAUAAAACAUGAUCAGGUUAGAUGUAAUCAACCAGCCUCCCUCUCAAUUACCUGUUGCAUGAAAGUGCUGUUAGAAAGAAACAUUUUUCAAAUUUUCUUACCUAUAGAAUCAUGAAACAGAGAGCUACAUUUACAUAGGGGAAUAAUGAUAAAUGUGUUGGCAUUGAAGUGUAGCAUAAUUAAUUCCUCCUCGAAAAAAAAAAGUAUAUAACAAAACUGGAGGUGCUAGAAUCGCUCUUGGUCACGGUGCACUCAAAUUUAAAGCAUAUUUCUUGCCUCCAAACUUCUUGCUUUCUUCAUAUGCAUGCUGAUACAUUAACUGAUUUUCCACUAAAUUCUUGAAAUCUUACUUUGUAGUUGACAGUCUUUGUAAACAAGAAGAAUCCACCUGUAGACCCUACUGUGCUCAAAAGAUGUCUAUCUAUCUUAGAAGCAGUGUGUACAAACAGGUUAGUAGCUCUAUUACUUAAAAUUUCAGUCCUACUCAAAAAAAUGUGACAUAGGUGCUAGAAUUAUUUCUUAAGAAUUAUUUUUAAAACAACUGACAUGCAGCAUCUACUUGUAGGAACUUAAUGUUUAAUUUUGCACUCCUUCUCAAGAUGAAAAGUGUUCUUUUAUUGCCCUUGGAAAUGGUUUGCAGGAUAAUUUUUGUUUCAAGCUAAAUUUUGAUUGAUGUGUGUUUUCUUUUUUCAAUUUUUUUGUCCACCAGCCCAACAUUUUAUCCACUUGUAGAAAAAGAAGUGGUAUUUGAGCAUCUUAUUCUUCAUCUGCAAAAGUAAGUAACAAUAGAAAGAGCAGUAUUUUACUUGCAAUACGUUUUUGCUGUAGAGAUAAGUUUCUAAUUUUCAUUUGUGGAGUCCUGUCAGUUGCAUGGAACUAUCACUGAGUAUUACAACUCUCAGAGUCACACAGAAAGUGAAGUGUCAUAAAAUAGACUUUCUAAACCUUUAUGUUCAUUGUUGGGUAAAGAAAUACAAUACUAUUGUUUGGGUUGGUUCAUGUGGAAUAAAAAUCAUUAUUAAUUUUUAGGCCAAAUUGAAAUUGCUUUUAAAUCUUAAUUUCUAUUUUUGUAAAAAUUAUCAUGUAUGUUGUCCCUUCAUUUUAUGAAUCACUUGCUACCAUCUCUAAACAUAAGUGUCCAAAAUUUAGACAAGAGAUAUGUGUUGUCAAUCUUUAUUUGUAAUUAUUACAAUUAUUUUAAUUAAUAAUUAUUGUUUGCAUAACUUUGUAGCUCAAAUCAAGAUAUUCAGCUGAAUGCUAUAGCACUCCUAAACAGCUUGUUCAUGCGUACAACAAAUAAAAGAGUGAGUUGAUGUUCACAUGUAGAGAUAAAUGUAUAAUGGUGGUAAGUUUCUAAAGAAGUUGUGGUGUUGUGUGGGUGGGGAAGUAAAACAAGAUAAUUUGGUUUUAUCAACAGAGUUGAUAAUGAAGAAAUGUAAAAUGGUUUCUGUGUUUACAUAGCCUGAUGUAAACACGCGGGAGGUUGAGAGAACACGAGAUAAGCGUAGGAAACCACGACGCGAAGCGGAGUGGUUUCUAGCUUAUCGAGAAAAAACACGGAAACACGGAAACCAUUUUACAUUUCUUUUAUAAAAUAACUAAUGAAAGAGGACCGAAAACCGUGUUUACAUACGCUCAUGUAAAUGGUUUUAUGGCCAAUCAGAGCGCGCGUACUAUUUGAAUUAUUUUAUAAUGAAAACUGGCCACCGUUAAGAGUUUCUGAGCUGACGUUAGCCCUUCGUCAUUCGCUCUGACGUGUCAAUGACAAUAUGCAGUUGAUAUUUACCCAUUGAAAGUUGUGUUCCCCUACUCUUGGGAAAUCUUUUGGUUGCAGCGUCUUUCAUUUUGUGUAGCAACAUUUCUCUAAUCAUAUAUUUAUUCUGGAUGACUGGAUAAGAUAAUUUUUCAUUUGUUAAAAAAGGUGUCACGCACAGCUUUUAACAGCAAAUGUUGAAAGCUUCACAGUAAUUUCAUGUAUAUGUACGAAAGCAAUUUCAAACUAGUUUGAUUGGCACAGCCAUUAUCUCCAUUUCUCGAAAAUAGAGGAAACGCAAAUCGAUCUGUGUAAAUCAGUUUGACCUGAAACGGCUUCCUCUGAGGAACAACACCGCAACUAGAAGUUUGCCCUUCUCAUGCUAAAAUGCUCCUAACCAUGAUAUUUUUUUUUCAGCAAUUUGUAGAUACACUAUCAAAGAAAGGAGUAAGAACAUAUAUUAUGAACGUAAGCCAAAUGUUUUUCCUUGCUUCUAAAAGAUUCUUUCUUAACAAAUUGUAGAUAUGAGUUCUUAUUUGAUCAGCAGGUUAUAAUUGAGGAAUUUAUCCUAAACGGGUGAACUGCAAGUAGAGAAACCGUUAAAAGUACAGGGAACGCUCUAAUAAGCCCUUCGCUGCCUACAAAGGCCUAUCCUGCUCUCCCUAAACACGAACCCUAAAGUGGUGGGUUAGGUUGGCCACUAAUAGGCUCUCCUUAUUUGAGCUUCUGCUUACGCGUUUCUUUGCCCGCGGGAAGACACUGGCAUAAGGCCUCGAGCGAUCCUAGCUGGCGAGAAGUCUGCAAGGGGUGCAGUAAUAGUAGCCAUUUGUGCUCCUAGGAGAAUGGACGAUAAAGGAAUAAAGUUCUCCUCUCCCCCCUCCCCCUUGCCGCAAACAACGCCUCCUUUCCAACAAGCCACAGAUCUUGAAGCCCUGGUAAUUAGUAUCUCCUCCGGAAGUAUAAUUGAGCGUUAAGUGUAAAGUAUGAAAAACAAAUACAAGCUGUGUCGAAGCUUGUACCUACGCCAUGAGUAUUGUUGCUAACUAAACUUUGAAGCCGCAUGUUUGGAGCUAGGGGAAUAGUAGUCUGUAGCUUGUUCCCUUUGGGGAUCUUGAUCACAAAGAUAUAUUCGAUGUGCUUUGACUAAACUUUUAUGAAAGUAACAUUCCGGGAAGAAUCUUAACCCGUGACAUUAACCACUGAUGGCACUCAGUCCUAAAGAUGUUUUACAGCCGUUCACCACUAAGGGAAAACUGUAUUUUCGUGUUGUUUUGUUUUUUCUUUUAAGGAUAUUAUUCGCGGUGGAAAGAGCAUGAGAAGUGAAAUGGAACAUCAGCUGUACGUGUACCAGUCCCUCAUAUUCCGAUCUCUUUUGGUAGACAUGUCUCUUAUAAAAGGAAAUGCCCAGAACCAGGUUGGUGAAUAACCUCUGUUGGUAAUGCUUGUGAACGAACAGGUCGAACCAGCGAACGAACGAGCGAAUGGAUCGAAGGAACAAACGAGCGUGAGAACGGAAGACUUUAUAAAUGAACAAAGGAACGAGUGAGUGAAUGAAAGGCUGGAUUAACUAACGAACGCACGAACAAACGAACGAAUGAACGAACUAAGGAACUAACGAAAGAACGAACAAACACACGAACAAACGAACGCAUGAACAAACGAAGGAACGCACGAACGCAAGAACAAAUGAACGAACGAACGAACGAACGAGCAGAUGAGCGAGCGAAUCAAAGACCGAACUUGGAUGAAAAAUCUUGUGAUUGAAGGGAGGAAGGACUGAGGCAGUGAAAAAAAUAAAUACAUGAACGGAGAAGUAGAGGAAUAUUAAUUGAGCGAACAAAUGAAAGAACACCAAAAACUGACUAACGAAUCAAGGAAUAAACGGAAAAACCAACAAGAACGAAUGCAUGUGUAGACGGACAGAUAGACGGGUAGACAAAAGUAGACGAGAGAGUCAACAAAGGAACGAACACACGAAUGAAUAAACAGGCGAAAAGAGAAAAGACGGGCAUACGUACGUGGAAGUGAACAGAAGAAGGAACGAAUUGGAAAGCGAACGUCAGGUUCACUGAGGACGAACGGACGAGAGCUCUAAAAUGAUAAUCGAACCAACGAAAAGAGAUAACGAUAAGUGAACUAAUAUACUGGCCAGCGAUUGAAAAGACGAAGAAAGACUGACGAUUUUUGACUUGUUUUCCAAAUCUGUCAAAUUCCUCUUUUUCUUUUCAGAGUCUUUUCGAAAGUCUUAACACCUUGCGGCAAGUAGUGUUUGAAUCAGAUAUUGUGGCCGCGAGCUCAGGAAGACCUCUUUCACAAGCGGGAGAACUUUCCAAAGACUUCAAGAGACUUGGGUUUGUGGUGAGUUCACUUAGUGUAGUUCAAAUCAGGGUAGGCAGGCUUUUAUCACAAAUUAUGAUCAUCAUUAUCGUUGAUCUCGUCGUCAUUAUCGCCAAUAUCGUUAUCAUUAUUAUUUAUUAUAAUCAUUGCUCAGCGGUUUUUAUGAAUUUUCUCCUAGGACAUUGACACACCAGCAAAUGACUUCAGCGAAGCACCCCCUGGCCUUCUUCCUCUUCAUACAAUGGUUUACUUUGCACGGAAACACGAGGAACAAUAUGUCAAGGUAUUUAUCGUUUUAAGGUUGCAGCUCUAUCUCUGUUUCUUAACCGGCUCCUCUCAGGAGCUUAGCAAAUAGCGGGUGCGUUACCGGCCCAAACAAACCCCAUCCAUUAUUUUGUAUUCAUGGUUUUAGCAAUGGCUGUUGACAAAAUUUAUUUCUUUUGUGUGUUUGUCAUGUUUGUUUGAUCUUGGUUUCCAUUAGCCUUAUUAACAAUUCUUAUCAAAUCUUGGCAAAGCAUUAACACUUCAAGCAAAGUUUGAGAACAGCUAUCAUAAAAAUGUUUUGGCGAGAUAAACCUGUACUUGAAGUACUAAAAUUUUUUGUUUACUCGUCAUGGAGGCCAAAGUAGUCGCAGCUGAGAGCGUUGUAGAUGCUUUAACCUUGAUGUCGGUCCUUAAAGGAUACAGUUUAAAUGUUAUAAAAGAGUUCAAAACACCCUCUUUACGCUCUUGAUGUCUCGGUGUUGACAACAAUUUGCAUGAGAUAAAUUCUAACUGUAUUUUUUCACGUCCAGGUCAUUUUAGAAAACCAUGCUCGAGGUGACGACUAUGAGUGCCCGUUUGCUCGCACCAGUAUUGCUCUUACCAAAAUGUUGUGUGAUGUACUGGAAAUCAAUGCAGAACCACGUAAGUUAAAGUGUCAAACUUCAUAUUCUUUGAUGCUUGUGAACGCUGUUUUUGUUUUCGGCUGUACACAGGCUACUCUCGAAGGGGAGGGGGGAGGGGGAGGGGGGGGGAGAGGGGAGAGGGGAGGGGAGAGGGGAGGGAGAGGGAAGGGGAGAGGGAAGGGGAGAGAGGAGGGGGGGGAGGGGGAGGAAGGAAGGGGGGGGGGGAAGGGAGAGAGGGGAGGAAGGGAGGAAGGGAGGAAGGGAGGGGGAGGAUGGGAAGGGCAUCUAAGGGAAGUGUAAGUAGGUAUUUGUUACCGAAUCCUGCAAACCUCAGUCCGUUUCAAGAAAUAAAAAUCCGUAAUUUUUUUCGUUUACCUGUUAAAGCCGACAAAAUUGUUUAAAUUGUGGCAACUUGAACUUAGGAAGCCUGGUUUAGUAUGUUUAGUGCCAUAAGAUAGUGGGAUACCACAAAAUGGUAACAAAUGACCAAAAGACCGUGCACUAGUUCUCACCCUGUCCAGGGCAUCUGGGUCGAGUUGUUCAAAGCUGGGUUGGUGUGAAAGCUGAUUCCAGAUCAGAGAGCCGUAAAAGAAAAUUCAGUGUAAUAAUUUUUGUCUACAAUUUGAGUAUUGAGUGCUCUAAAGAUUACAGAAUAGGUUAUUAUACCAAAAAGGCUUUUAAGUAAAGGAAUAAAAAUUGCGUAUUAAGUUUGGGUUAGUACUAAUCGGCCUUCAAACAGCUGGGUCGUAGUUAAAAAGUUCAUUGUGGUUUGUAAAUUUUUCACUAAGAUUUAAUAUCCCGGAAACCCCACCCUAGUUGGCAGGAUAUACCCGUUUAGAAAAUUGAAGGCAUCCCUCUCUCUCGGAAUCAACGCUUCGUUCUUAGGAUUGGCAGAUCGUUCUCGUUCGUCUUAAAGAGUACUUAUUUUUAUGUUUUUUUCCUCACUUAAGCGUCAGAUUCCGGUAAGGAGUACUACCCGAUAUUUUUCACUAUGGACUUUGCAUUUGAGGAAUUCUUUUGCAUCUGUAUUCAACUUCUGAAUAAGACGUGGAAAGAGAUGAGAGCCACUUCAGGAGAUUUCAACCGUGUUAUGCAAGUGGUUAAGGACCAGAUUUGUAGAGCACUCAAAGAGAGACAUCUCUCCAUGGAAUUGUUUAGGGUAUGUAAAAAAUCUAGUACUUGUACAUGCGCUUUAAAAAUCGAUCGCUACUAGAUACUGAUGGUGUUCGAUUAGUAUUGACUGUUGCUUUUUUGUUGUUCUGUUUGUUCGUAUGUUUUGGUUUGUUUUUGUAAUCAGUCUUCUCCUUAGUGAAAGAUAUUUUUCGUCCUGUCACGAGCGUGGGACAAAGAAAAAAAUUCUUAGACCCCAUGAGGAAUCGAACCUCAGACCUUCGGAUUCCGCGCUCCGAUGCUCUACCACUGAGCCACGGAAACUCUACGGUGAGCGAGGUCUAUUACGAGGUUCAUAUGACACGCGUCCUGCGUACUGCUAGGAUCAGCAAUGUCGAUAGCGUCAUGUUUGUAAAUAGAAUUAGAAAGAUGUUAAGUUUUGAGCUUGAUAAAGAAAUAGUGAAAGAUAUUUUUCGUGUGUGGGACAAAGAAAAAAUCCAGAGUCCCCAUGAGGAAUCGAACCUCAGAUCUUCGGAUUCCGCGCUCCGUUGCUCUACCACUGAGCCACGGAGACUGUACGGUGAGCGAGGAAUCCGAAGGUCUGAGGGAAUCUUUCACUUUUUCUUUACCGAGCUCAAAACCUACCAUCAUUCCGAAGGUCUGAGGUUCGAUUCCUCAUGGGGACUUUCUUUCUUCCCACGCUCGUGACGAGACGAAAAAUAUAUUUCACUAUUUCUCCACCGAGCUCAAAACUAACCUCCUUUCUCAUUCUAUUUAUUGUUCUCCUUGAUUUAAGGCCUGAUCAAGGGGCAAAGUAACCCGUAUUAAUGUCUUUUAGUUUCGAGAAAAAAAAUUCUCUGGAAGUUGUGGAGAACCCAGGAGAAAAAUUAACAACCUGGCUUUAGUUACCGAUCAAUAAUAGGAGCAGUCAAUCGAGCAGUCUGACCGUCUGGGUAAUAGUAGUUCUGCGUGAGAGUAGUUCUGAAAUGGACUGGUGUCGAUCAAAGUGAUUGACGUUUUUACAACUUAAGAGGAAGUAAACAUCAGCGUUUUCAGGUUUCAUCGAGAGUAUUACCUGCGAAGGUAAUUCUGCACUAACCUCACUUGCGCUUGUUAUAAGAAAUUACUCUUAAGUAGCCAUUUAUUUCAAGUGAUUCGACUCUGACGUUCAAUGCAACUCCUUUUCUUGCAGACAAACGUGUUCAACGUAGGAUAUUCGCAAAUUGUUAAAAUUCUACAAGACGAAAUUCAAGCAAGGAACAUCAUGGAGCUCAAGGCUAAACCUGUCGUGUGAGUAUUGAUAGAAGUCGACAGUGUACUUUCCCAGUGAUCUCUCUAAGGACCAAGGUAGUUUUCACUGAACUUUUGACUUCUAGAAGUGAUCAACAUCUGACUGCUUUCCACAGCUUCAGUUCAGUAUGCAAUGAACUAGGUUCCCAAUAUCCGCCUUUCCUUCGAGUAUUGUGCACUCGUUCUCACCAGGGAGAAGAGGGCAAGAGCGUGGGCUUACAUCCCGUUUAGCAGCUGGUCAUUGAAUAAAAAACACAGCAGUACUAUUUAAGGAAUGCGCAAAUGGAUCAAUUUUGGUCAGUUGCACCCAAAUUUCUCGCGCAAAGUUAAGAAAAAAAUUGAGAAAUAACCGUUCUGGCGCAAAUUUAUUAUUAAAAAUGUAAAUGCUCAAAGAAAUAUUUUAAAAAAUGACGGAAAAGGAAAACUUAAGACUUCAAUAUCAUAACUGAGUUUAGUUCAGUUAAUUACAGGUAUUCUGUUGACUUUCCAUUGUGUUUUGAGCUUAAUCAAAAUUUUACUCGAUGUGUCAACACUCUGACCGUCUGGUUUAUGGGGUUGUUUGCUAAUAACUCCUGUAACAUUUGAUUGUAAAAUUGAAACGUUGUCAAUUGUUCAUCUACAGAGAACUUAGAGAACAAGUUCUGCCCGAACUAAAAGAAUUAGUCAAACAACAGGUAACCCCAAAUCUCUAUCAUCAACAGCUAUUCACCGACGUGGAGGUGGCUAGUGGUGAAUAUUUACCGAACCGCGAAGCAGCGACGUACAUAUCCACCACUAGCCACCGACCUUCAGGUGACUAGUUGUCGUAGAAUAUACUAAAACAGUGAUAUAAUAUAGCACAAAAAGAUGAUUUUUAACUCAUGUAUUCCUGCAACGAUCAAAAUAAUUUCGGGCGUAAAUACUCAAAGAUGAAUAGGAAAGGAUUUUUGGAGUUUAAGUAGCUAAUCCAGGCGUGCCUGAAACACUAUCCACUGUUUCAGUGUGUACGUAAAAUAGAUAUUGCUCGAACUUAUUUUAUUAGCCAUUUCUUAAAUGUGAGCGCUGGGUUUUUAAUAAUUUUUUUCAUAAGCGGCUGCCGAUGUUUUCAUGGGCGGCGAUUCCCGGAAAAGGAACCGAAGAUGAAACUCAAAGAUGAGUCUUCCUGCAAACUAGACAGACGGCUUUUAUUGAAAUCCGUGUGAGCGGGUCUGAGCUUUUUUUAAACUUGUCUAAUUAUUUAUUCUUCCAACUUUACAUCUCACGUUGAUUCUCUUCAGAGAUUGGAUCAACUCAUCCAGGGAGCCCUGUUUGACAAAAACCCAGGGAGAGGACGAGGACGAGGUAAGAAUCACCGACCAACCACGGUCGUAAAAACGUGACGCCUUGUUUUUUUACUUCAACAGACGAGGUGUUUUACUUCGAAAGUUGUGGUCUUCAUAAUAUUGUUUUUGUUGUUUCUAUCCGAGAGUUGAACCCAAUGAGAUGCUAAUUGUUGUGGCUCUUUUCCUGUUUUACCUUAGAUAGAUAUUGGUAUUGUCGGCUGUCACCCAAUUUAAAAUUUCUGCAUUAUGGCGACUGUCAAGAAGGACAAACGCCUUCGUUGGAGAAUCUUCCAAACAAAUGUAAGUGUUAUGUUUCUUCUUUGCUUUAGGAUAAAAGACCAAGUCUGCUUGAGGUAAAUGUCAACGCCCAGCCAUAGUAGCGAUUUAGUUGGUAGAGAAAUUUAGAUGGCUGUAUUACAGAAAUAUUUUUACUUUGUCUAUCCCAACUGUGGAAUCAAAAUAACAAUUAAGCUGGUUAUCUGUGUCAGAAUGGUCUGUGGGGAUCACUUCCUUUUUCUACUCAGGAAAUGAUUAAAUGCCCGCUGGCACAUAGUCGAGGUUACUUGAAAAAACUGAUAGGGGUAGCCUGUUAUGGUUACAGUAACAGGAAUGAUCUUCGACAAUCUCAACUGGGCCCUAUAUACUUUUUAUGUCUGAUGCCAACCUCAACCUGGGGGACUAUUACCGUUUAGAACUUUCUUUGUGUACUAAACUUUGUAUUUGUUGAUUUUAGUUUCGAUUGCUAAAGUUAAAAAUCUACUGGUUGGAAAGGAUUGUCCUCAUAGCAAAGAUCGCAAAAUCGGCAAAGUAAGAUAAAUAAGAUUUAGUCUCGUUUUACUGACUUUUUUUUUAAGUGGUGGCCGUUAAUUAGAUACGAUAGAGAAAUACUGUUAGGAAUUGGGAUGAGAGCUAGAUUGAAAAAGGUGACCAAAGAGAGAAAACUAUCAACGACAGGACAUUAUUUUAUUUAACACGAAAUUCCAACAGCUACAAUUAUAAGAAAUGUUCUGAAGACAGAGAGCCGAGGCGAGUAGAUCUUUGGAAGAAAAGGGUUUGUUCACUACGUCGCGGCUUGUCCGUCUUCAUAAAUUUCAGCCUAGAUGUUCUUAGUUUUUAGUUUGCAGUCUGUGUUAAUAACCUUCAAACGAUCUUAGCCGUCCAUGAAUAUUCUCGUCCCUCUUUAUCUUCUUCAUAAUUUGAAGUUUGUGUUUAAGUCUCCUUCUACUGAAAUGAAAACACCUCUAGUUUCCUCGUUUGCAUAACGACGAAAGAAGCGCUAUGAAUUUCUGUCUUGGCUAAAUGUAAUGCGAAGUUUCGCUUUGAUUGUAUUCCUUCUCACUGUGUUUGAUUUAUAUUUAUCCACAGACGUUUGUCCCAUUUUGUUUUUCUCUAAUGUACGAGUCUGAAGCAGAAGAAAAACAUCUCGAUUUCAUCGCAGCGACCCAAAUAAUCGUCAGUAUUUGAAUUGUGAUACUUCUUUCGUAAGAUAUUUUACAUUUUUAGCGUUCCUUCCCUCGAUGGAAAUGUAGAUCGUCUAUAGGAAAUUGGAAAUAUUCCCGAUUAAUGAGAGCCUUUGCAAAAAAUUUAUUGUUGCUAAAUCCCAUGAAAGGUGAAAGAUCGGAUCCUUAAUGAUCAAAUUAUUUCUUAAACUGUUCUAUUUCGCUUUAGUUCGCCAAUUGGACAGACGGCUUGGCAACGCUUCUUAACAAAGAGGUUAGUUACGCAGUUCUUCGAUUGUAGUAAGCUUUCAUUAGCUUGAACAUCAAUCCGUUGGGAGAGGCCUAGCGUUUUUUCCUUAGGGAGGCUUUUAGCCAUAUAUGGUCGAAAGACAAUACUUUUAGCAAAAGUGUGAAAAAAUUGCGUGCGUUGCGAGUAGGUGAACUUUACAGUUCAGUCCUACCUAGGGUUCCACGAGAAGAAAAGGGAGCAGCGGUCAUAUGAUAAAAUGCAUAAUUAAUGAGUUAGGUCAGGCUGGACAGGAAAAUCCUUUUCUCGAGAUCAUGACGUGCCAAAUAUGUCCCGUCCGGCCUUCCUAGUGAGUUAAUAAGUAAAUAUGAUUGUAGUUAUUGGAGAGUUGCCUGAAAGAAAUUGAGAAUACUUUUUAAGCUUCGACUGUUGUUUUGUUACUUGUGUAUAGAUGCCGUCAAAAGAGUCACAUGAAGAGUUGGAGACCCUCCUAAAUAUGGAAAUGAAAUUGAGACUAUUGGAUUUGGAGAAUAUAACUAUCCCCGAAACUCCGCCUCCCAUACCCGCCGAACCCCCGAAUUUUAACUUUGUUUACGACUUUAGUUAGCUUUGAAGCGAUUUAAGGCGUUCUUCCUAUUCAAGUCCGAAAAUGAAUUUCUGAUCAUUUCAAGUGGAACACUAUACUGUUAGCUCAAUGAGGACGAAAAAAAAAAGGGAACAUUUAAUUGCCACUUCCCGUGUCUUCAGUAACUUCUGCUCCAAAGCUGAUUGGUUUAGUAUGCUUAAAACUAUUUGCCUGCCGGGCCAGUCAGCCGUGGAAACGUUGUAGCAAUGAUUCAUCCAUUCAUAGAGCGUUCUGAAGUAAAGCGACGGGGUGGAAAUAGCGAAAUGAAACACAAAACAAUUCCGAGAAACAAUUUCUGUUUGUUGUUAGUUAGCUGGUGAGCUAUGUGGCUUAUUUAUUCAGCUAGCGCAUAUUUCUCGAAAUCUGCUUUGUUCUGUUUGUUCCACGUUUUGUUGUUUCCUUUGUUCAUCAAACCUCUUCUAUAGGACGUGUCGUUAAAAUCCAAUACGUUAUUCAUUCUAAUCCACUACGGUUAGUUUUUCGAACGAUCUACAUUUUCGGAAUUGAUUAGAGAAACGCCCCCUCUUGACAUUAAGUUUUAGUAAUUAUCAAUGUGUAACGAGAGAAAGAAGUAUAAGUCUGAGAUGUGUUUUAAUACGUAGGUAUUUUGAUAAAUAGUUUGCUUGAUAUAAUUUUCUUUUGGAUCACGUAUGGGCUAUUUUCACAGGAGAAAAUCGUCGCAAAUGAUUAGUAUAGUAGUCUAGUUUUAAUAGGUAGUUAGCGGGCUUAAUAGAUUUCGAAAAUUAACUUCCUCGAGGAACACAGCCGAUCUGUGAUAAGAGAGAAACUUUACAUCAUUAUUGUCAAUUUUGUGCAACAAUGUUGUCCUUUCAACCUUAAUUAUGUUACAUUUUGCCGAUAAAAUAAUCUAGUUUUUCACAAAAGUUUAAGGACUCUAUUCACACAAGCUGCUUAAAAAAACUUGUUAUGAUAAUGUCAUGAGAAAUUCAGACACACGAAAUCCCAUAUAUUGUUAAGUAGAGGAAUUGUGGGAAUUUGAAAACCAACGCACGUGUUUGCAUAACGAAGGAGAGCAAAGAGGAUUUACUCACGGGGAACUGGGUCUGAAGCGCCCGCCGUACUCUAAUUCAUGGUCUUAUCGCAUCCUCGCCAAUCUUUUUCAUCCUUUAUCAUCUUUGUUCCAUUUUAGUUCAUUCUUUCCAUCUUGUCUUUUUGCUCUAACAUCAAAACACUAUUUUGACGUGUCUUUGUUUGGCGUUGAAGGUGAUGUUACUUGUCGUGACAGACGAAGAAACUGUAGUGAACUGUAUUUUAACAGCCCUGGCGAUGUGAAAGUUUUCCUUACAUUUUUUCCUGUAGAAUCCGGAUAAUGUCACGGAGCUCUUAACUUAAACCCGCGAGUGAACCCGAGUUAUUUAAGUUGCGUGGCGAACAUUCGUCGUGUAAACACGGGUUACUGGUUUUGUUCCUUUUUUUAGAACAAAAGAAAACAAAAUUAGAACUAGAUAGAACAACGGAACAUAACAUAAGACUCGUCAAGUUAUUUUUAUGGCUGUUUAUAAGCUUUUUUUUAAUCAUAUCAAUCUCUCAGUGCUGGUAUUUGUUGCAGGGAUUGAAAUGUUUUUGAACAACCGCGUUUUCAAGAGACGACAAUAAGCAAGAAAUUUUAAUCUUGCUGGUUGUUUUUGCUGUUUUAUUAUUUCUUUGUAACAUAUGAAUCUGAUUCCGAGGACCAAAAAAACUGAGCUAUGGAAAACAAACGAAACCACGCAUAAUUACUCAGCUCGUUUGCGAAUUCCAAGUAUUUCGAGCCCACUAUAUCUAGGUUUAAAUGCUAGAAUUAUCUUACAAGUUCUCUCAGUUCCCUAAAGAAUAUCAUACUCAUGAAAUAAAUUUGUGGCCAUAUUCUACUACAAUACUUUUAUUUUGUUAUAACUGUAAGUAACCAUAUUUUUAAAUAUAUAAAGAAAAUUC